GGUCCUGCCCCCAGAACGCGCCGCGGACACGCGCUCAUUAAAGCGCUCUGACAGUCAGCCUCAACGCGACUUUCUGUCUGUGUUUCUCCUCUCAGAGACUUUAAAAGACUCUGUCUCGUCGCGUGUGGAUACAUGGAUCUCUCUGUGAUCGUGCUGUUGUCUUUGUGCGGGUUUCUGCGGGGCCAAGAGACCACAGAUCCCAUCUCGCUGGAUGACUGCUGUAAGGAUGGCAAAGAAAGAGGCCAGGAGUCCCAGGACUGCACGAGUCUGCCUCUUAUCUCCGAAUCCACCACCUGCAGGAUCGCUCAGGAACAGUGCUGUACUGCGAUUCUUGAAGACAACAUAUGCACCAGCGGCAUCAAUUAUGGCGAAGGACCAGGGCAGCUGUGACGCUCUCUUGUCCAGCAGCACGUGUGAAACCAAGACGGCGAAGACGUGCUGUGAGUGCUGUCUGCUCGGCCGGGCGGCCCAGGAGCGAGGUUUGUCAUGUGAACCUCACCCUCGC